UCUCUGUCGCUGAGCGAGCCGCAGUCUGUGGAGCACUAAGGUGUUUCGGUCUCCUGCGGCCAGCCUCACCCGCAACCCCGGCGUUGUUGGGCUGCAACCCGAGCCGGGACGUUGGCGGAGUACGGGACUCAGCCACCAUGCCGAUCAAUAAGUCUGAGAAGCCAGAAAGCUGCGAUAAUGUGAAGGUUGUUGUUAGGUGCCGGCCUCUCAAUGAAAGAGAGAAAUCAAUGUGCUACAGACAGGCCGUCAGCGUGGAUGAGAUGAGGGGCACCAUCACCGUCCAUAAGACUGAUUCUUCCAACGAACCUCCAAAGACAUUUACUUUUGAUACUGUUUUUGGACCAGAAAGUAAACAACUUGAUGUAUAUAACUUAACUGCAAGACCUAUUAUUGAUUCUGUUCUGGAAGGCUACAAUGGGACCAUUUUUGCAUAUGGACAGACCGGGACAGGCAAGACUUUCACCAUGGAAGGUGUUCGAGCAGUGCCUGGGCUCAGAGGGGUCAUCCCCAACUCAUUUGCUCACAUAUUUGGUCACAUCGCAAAAGCAGAGGGUGACACAAGGUUUUUGGUUCGAGUCUCGUACUUGGAGAUAUAUAAUGAAGAAGUUCGCGACCUUUUGGGCAAGGAUCAGACACAGAGGCUGGAAGUUAAAGAAAGGCCUGAUGUGGGAGUAUAUAUCAAAGAUUUAUCAGCUUAUGUAGUCAAUAAUGCUGACGAUAUGGAUAGAAUCAUGACUCUAGGCCACAAAAAUCGUUCUGUUGGUGCGACUAAUAUGAAUGAGCAUAGUUCCCGCUCCCACGCCAUCUUUACAAUUACUAUAGAAUGCAGCGAGAAAGGUGUUGACGGAAACAUGCAUGUCAGGAUGGGGAAACUCCACCUUGUGGAUCUUGCUGGGUCAGAAAGACAAGCAAAAACAGGAGCCACGGGACAGCGCCUCAAGGAAGCUACAAAAAUCAACCUUUCACUGUCUACCCUGGGCAAUGUCAUUUCUGCCUUGGUGGAUGGAAAAAGCACUCAUGUGCCGUAUCGGAACUCUAAACUGACACGUCUUCUGCAGGAUUCCUUAGGAGGGAACUCAAAAACCAUGAUGUGUGCAAAUAUCGGGCCAGCAGAUUAUAAUUAUGAUGAAACCAUCAGUACCUUGCGGUAUGCUAACCGCGCCAAGAACAUUAAAAACAAAGCCAGAAUAAACGAAGAUCCAAAGGAUGCUUUGCUUCGCCAGUUUCAGAAAGAAAUAGAAGAGCUAAGGAAAAAGCUUGAGGAAGGGGAAGAAGUGUCAGGUUCUGACAUCAGUGGGUCAGAGGAGGAUGACAACGAGGAGGGUGAACUUGGAGAAGAUGGAGAAAAGAAAAAAAAGAGAAGGGGCAGUAGCAGCAGCAGUAGCUCAGACUCCACAUGUUCUGUCAUAGAGAAGCCUCUGGAUGAGUUCUUGCCUCGUAAAAAGAAAGUUUCCCCAGAUAAGAUGGUGGAAAUGCAAGCGAAAAUUGAUGAGGAGAAAAAAGCACUGGAAACAAAACUUGACAUGGAAGAAGAAGAAAGAAACAAAGCUAGAGCUGAACUCGAGAGACGGGAGAAAGACCUUCUGAAAGCCCAACAGGAACAUCGGUCUUUGCUGGAAAAGCUGUCUGCUUUGGAGAAGAAGGUGAUUAUCGGUGGUGUGGACUUGCUGGCCAAAGCUGAAGAGCAAGAGAAGCUUCUUGAGGAGUCUAAUAUGGAGCUGGAGGAGAGGAGGAAAAGAGCUGAGCAGCUUCGGAAAGAACUUGAGGAAAAAGAGCAAGAACGCUUGGACAUUGAGGAAAAAUAUACCAGUCUGCAAGAGGAGGCACAGGGAAAGACCAAGAAAUUAAAGAAAGUAUGGACCAUGCUGAUGGCUGCAAAAUCAGAGAUGGCCGAUCUCCAGCAAGAGCAUCAAAGGGAAAUUGAAGGCCUUCUUGAGAACAUUCGGCAGCUCAGCCGAGAGCUUCGGCUUCAGAUGCUCAUUAUUGAUAACUUCAUACCUCAGGAUUACCAGGAAAUGAUCGAGAACUAUGUCCAUUGGAAUGAAGACAUAGGGGAAUGGCAGCUUAAAUGUGUGGCCUACACAGGAAAUAACAUGAGGAAACAAACUCCAGUACCUGACAAGAAGGAGAGAGAUCCCUUUGAAGUAGACCUUUCCCAUGUGUACCUCGCCUAUACAGAGGAGAGUCUGCGCCAGUCUCUGAUGAAGUUAGAAAGGCCGAGGACCUCCAAAGGGAAAGCAAGACCAAAGACAGGGAGAAGCGAGCGUGCCAUGCGAUGCUUCAUGAGAGGCAUGCAGCUCACUGUGCUGGACAGCAACGGGAAGGCACAGACAGUCCUCCUGUAGGCUCUGCAUCUGCACUGGGAAGUGUGACUUCAGAUACUUUGUGUCCUGCUUCUCUGAGGCCACCUGUGCCAUUAGCCUCCUCCGAGGAGGUAACCAAGGGGCACCCGUGAUUGGCUUAGCUGCCUCCUGUCAGCCCCUGGUCUGACCAGCUCCUCACCACUCUGGAAUACUAUGCUGUGGCAACAUGUUCUUGUGCUUGCUUUUGGUGACCUACUCUGAAAAAAAAAUUGGGUAGCAAUCAAACUUAGCCGUGGCCA